AGGGAGACGCUGACCCGGAUGUUCACUCCUAGGUCCUGAGGAAGUGGAGGCGCCGCCGGGCCUACGGGGCACAGCGACAUCGUACCGUCACCGCACCGGAGAGCAGCCCCGCCCACCGGCCCUCACCCACCGCAGCCAUGAGUGACCAGCAGCUGGAUUGUGCCUUGGAUUUAAUGAGGCGUCUCCCUCCCCAACAGAUCGAGAAGAACCUCAGCGACCUCAUUGACCUGGUCCCCAGUCUCUGUGAAGACCUUCUGUCCUCGGUGGACCAGCCUCUGAAGAUCGCUCGUGACAAGGUGGUGGGGAAAGACUACUUGCUGUGUGACUAUAACAGAGAUGGCGAUUCGUACAGGUCACCGUGGAGCAAUAAGUACGAUCCCCCAUUGGAAGAUGGAGCCAUGCCGUCAGCUCGUCUGCGUAAGCUGGAGGUGGAAGCCAACAAUGCCUUCGACCAGUACAGAGACCUGUAUUUUGAAGGCGGUGUGUCCUCCGUGUACCUCUGGGAUCUGGACCACGGCUUUGCCGGAGUGAUCCUUAUCAAAAAGGCUGGCGAUGGCUCCAAGAAGAUUAAAGGCUGCUGGGAUUCCAUCCACGUAGUGGAAGUACAGGAGAAGUCAAGCGGCCGCACUGCCCAUUAUAAACUGACCUCUACUGUGAUGCUGUGGCUGCAGACAAACAAGACUGGAUCGGGGACGAUGAACCUAGGGGGAAGUCUCACCCGGCAGAUGGAGAAGGAUGAGACAGUGAGCGACUCUUCCCCGCACAUAGCAAAUAUUGGACGGCUGGUAGAGGACAUGGAGAACAAAAUCCGGAGCACUCUUAAUGAGAUCUACUUUGGGAAAACCAAGGACAUAGUCAACGGACUCAGGUCCGUUCAGACAUUUGCAGACAAAUCAAAACAGGAGGCUUUGAAGAAUGACUUAGUGGAGGCUCUGAAGAGAAAGCAGCAAAGUUAGAUGUUAUCCCCCCCUCCCCGAUCCCGCACCCCCUUUUCAUUUCUUACAAGGUUUCACCCCCCCAGUCCCUGUUGGUCAUUGCCCCAUUUUUUUUAUUUCUUUUUUGUUUUUGUUUAAGUCCGUCUGCAUCACGUACAUAGCCAUUCAACGCGGCCCGCUCCUAUUAAAUAAAGCUGUCUGAAUCUUUCACAGUCUGGGGGGGGGGGGGGGGGGGGUCUUUUACUCCAGCAUCACCCCCUCCUGCCCUCGCCUCACUUUUUUGUGCUAACCCAUUCCCCUUCCCGAACCCCUGCCUGGCCCCCCCGUGUUCCCUUCUAUACUGCACAUACUGAUUAACCCCCACUGCGCCAGCAUCGGCUGCCUCCUGUCGGAGAUUAGAUGGGUCCUUAAUUGGAAGAAAAGACUUGAUAUUUUGAUUAUCGGAUCCCUCUGUCCCUGACUCUUUUGCCCGUUUUUUAUUUUUAUUUUUUGGUGAACGUCUGGGAAUGCUUAGGGUAUUUUUUUUUUCUUUUCUUUUUUUGUUUUGUUAUAUAUAUAUUUUUUGUAAAGCUUUAAGUCUUCUAUAUGAGCCUUCCUGUACUAACAAUAAACUGGUUCUAAAUA